UUAAGGUAAUGUCGGUGGAAAAAAUCAUGCUUUAAUGGACAUAAGAAUAAAAAAUGUAUGAAUCACCGAAGGAAAGAAUCAUGACUAUAAAAGGACAUGUAGAAAGUCGCAAGGAAACCAGUUCAACAAGAUUUUACCAUUCAAGCAAAUGUGAGCAUAAUAUUUUUGAUCACUUAUUUCAAAAAUUCAAAGAUAAUUCUUCUUAGAUCACAAAUGAAUAUUGAAUUUCCUGUACAUACGAAUGUGAGGAAUAACUGAAGUAUAUUUGCAGUUAAUCGAUUGGUGUUUUAUAAAGAUAUUUAUUAUCAAAUUAGCAAAUUUGUCGAGUUCAAUUAAUCAGUUCCUAAAAUUCGUUUCACGAUUAAUAUCGGAAAUGCAAAAUAACUUAUUCAAAGGAUAUUUCCUGGAACGUAAAAGCCCAAAUAACCAGCAACAGUACCUUGAACUCUUUUCCUAUUCCCGUAAACGUCAGUAUACAGAUGUUCAUGUUAUUAUCCAAAAACAACAGCAAAAAAUGGCUGUGGUUUUAAUUGCUUUCAUUUUGUUGCAACAUGCUGACCUGUAUGUGUGUUUUCACAUAUCAGCUAACCAGGUAACAUCUCAAAAUUAUGAUGAUGCACUUUAUGCAGCAAAAACAGGAAAAGACAACAGCAUUACUACUACGGCAAAAAGAAGUGUCGACGGCAGUAACAACAGCGAAGUGGGCGGCAGGCAGAUUAUAACCAAAAAGCGUCGCAUUGAAGGCGGACAGCCUGAAGAAAUAUUCAGUUUUGAUGUCCAUAGCGAAGCAAAUUAUGAUGAAUAUCCGAUGGUUGUGCCGAAACGCGCUGCUCUUUUGCUUGAUCGACUUAUGGUUGCUCUUCACCACGCGCUUGAACAGGAGCGCCGCAAAAUAAGUGAUUUUUAUGCCGAAAGCAGUGAUAAAUAUCCCAAUAUAAAAAAUGAGAAUACUGUUCUAAACACGGACGAUUCCAGCGCAAACCAUAUGUAUAGCGAUGAUGAUCCCUCAAUUUUAACAGACUACGAUUUUAAAGACUUAAAUUCCAUUAAUCGGGCCACCGGUGAAACUAGAAGAGGAAACAUCGGCGUCGAUUUGGGUGGCAAUCUUGGCGAUGUUAAAGAUGCAGCGAUGCUCACAGCAGCUGCGGCAACAGAUAAUGAUUCUGGUGGUGUAGGUGGUAGCGUUGGACGCAAUGGGAUCGGUAAUGGUGGACGCAUGUACUGGCGUUGUUAUUUUAAUGCAGUAAGCUGUUUCUAAAUCUACGAAUAUUCGACUGCUAACAAUAUUUUAUAACUGUGCAACAAGAUUUAGGUGAAUCAUAUACAUAUAUAUAUAUAUAUAUAUACAUAUAUAUGUUAUAUACGCAUGUAUAUAUAUAUAAAAAGUAUGUGUAUACAUUUUGCAAUGAGAAUUUGCUCAUACCUAAAAUAUGCACAUAUUUAAAAGGAAGGAAAAAACUAAGUAAAACCUUUACCGGAAUAUAAAUAUGGAUUGCGACAGUUAAUGGUGUAUAUGGCGGAAAUUGCGGAAAACUAACCAUACAUAUAUACCUCCAUAAAUCAUUUGCUUAUAUGCUCUUUUAGAGAAGAGCCAACCAACUUAUCAUUCCUUAUAAAUUAUAACUUGCAUAUAUAUAGACGUUUAUGAAUAUAAAUGCAUGUAUUUUGUUAUGGCUAC